AUGAAUGGUAGCGAUCGAGAGUGGAUUCUUACCAAGGGAAAGAAUCAAGGAGAAAUGUUAGAGGGGCCGGUGGACCGUUGCACACAAUCAAGAGCACUUUUCCAAUUCCAAGAUCAUCUUUCCCAACAACUAAUCGGAGUUGGUCCCUCAACUGCACCCCCUUAUUCUUCUUUCCCUUCUCAUCCUCUGGUGCCCGCGUUGUUCGUCAUCGGAGACUCCUCCGUUGAUUGCGGAACCAACAAUUUUCUUGGAACCUUCGCACGCGCCGAUCAUCUUCCUUACGGAAGAGAUUUCGACACCCACCAACCCACCGGAAGAUUCUCCAACGGAAGGAUCCCUGUUGAUUAUCUUGCUCUGCGUCUAGGGCUUCCCUUUGUGCCAAGUUAUCUGGGACAGACAGGGGCUGUGGAUGAUAUGAUUCAUGGCGUAAAUUACGCUUCUGCUGGCGCUGGCAUUAUUCUCUCUAGUGGCUCUGAAUUGGGUCAGCAUAUGUCCCUCACUCAGCAAAUUCAGCAAUUUGCAGACACUCUUCAGCAGUUCAUUUUGAGCAUGGGCGAGGAUGCUGCAACCAAUCUCAUAUCCAAUUCUGUCUUUUAUAUUUCAAUCGGAAUCAACGACUACAUUCAUUACUAUUUGCUGAAUGUAUCCAACGUCGAUAAUCUGUACCUACCUUGGCAUUUCAACCACUUUUUGGCAUCUUCACUCGUGCAAGAGAUAAAGAACUUGUACAAUUUAAAUGUUAGGAAAGUGGUGAUCACGGGACUUGCCCCAAUUGGCUGUGCGCCUCACUACUUGUGGCAGUACGGUAAUGAAAAUGGAGAAUGUGUUGAGCAAAUAAAUGACAUGGCCGUUGAGUUUAACUUCCUCACGAGGUACAUGGUUGAAAAUCUUGCUGCGGAGCUCCCUGAUGCCAAUAUCAUCUUCUGUGACGUGUUUGCAGGUUCCAUGGAUAUUUUAAAGAAUCACGAACGUUAUGGCUUUAACUUCACAACCGAGGCAUGCUGUGGAAUGGGGAAGUACAAGGGCUGGAUCAUGUGCUUAUCAUCGGAAAUGGCGUGCAGUAACUCCUCCAACCAUAUCUGGUGGGAUCAGUUUCAUCCAACUGAUUCAGUGAAUGCCAUUCUGGCAGACAAUAUAUGGAAUGGCCGGCACACAAAAAUGUGCUAUCCUAAGAACUUGGAAGACAUGGUUAUUAAGAUGACAAAAUGA